AUGUCUGCAGGUGCCAUGCAGCCCCGCCGUGUCGCCCUGGCAGCGGGACUCGCCGCUGCAGCAACAGCUCCGCUGUUCGUUGCCCCGUCUGCGGGUCGUGCUGCAGAGCCAUCAGCCGCACUGCGAGGUGCAGUCCGCACUCCCACCGCAUCGCAGGCCGCAUCCAGUGUGGUGGCCAGCGUUGGUGCAGUGGGUGCCAUUGCCGUGCUUGGGGCUGCCGCAGCAGGCGCCAAAGCAUCUAGCCGGAAGACGCGGGUGGUCCAGGUCGGUCGUCAGUCUGUGGAGACUUUCCAGCAGGGUGCCAUGAACUACCCUGCAUCUUAUGAGAAGAUCGCGGACGUCAACAACAAGGACAAGGAUGCUGACAUCAUCUGCACCAUUGGCCCCAAGUCUUGGGAUCCCGAGGUUCUGGUGGAGCUUAUGAAGGCAGGAAUGACCGUCAUUCGCUGCAACAUGUCCCACGGUGACCACGAGGAGCAGAGCAUGAAGCUGGCCAACCUCGAGAAGGCCUACGAGUUGGCGCCCGAGUUCAAGGGCAAGAUGAAGAUCCUGAUGGACACCCGUGGUCCUGAGAUUCGCACAGGCACGUUCGAGGUCUACAACUCCAAGAAGGAGUUGAAAGCCGGGCAGGACUUCAAGCUUGUCACUGACUAUGAGCUGAAGGGUGAUGAGAGCAUGGUGGCCAUCACCUACGAGCAGCUGCCCAAGAGCGUCAAGCCCGGCCAGCGAAUUUUGAUCCAGGACGGUACCGUCAUCCUCGAGGUCACUGAAGCCAAGGACACGGAGGUCAUCUGCAAGGUUGUCAACAACUGUAAGUUGGGCGAGAAGAAGAACGUUAACGUGCCAGGCGUGAAGGUGGACAUCCCGGUCGUUGGCGAGAGAGAGGUGAAGGACAUUGCAGAGUGGGCCGUGCCAAACGACGCGGACUACAUCGCCCUCAGCUUCGUCCAGAGCGGCGAUGAUGUGAAGGAGUGCCGAAAGCACUUCGGUGGUAAGGACAUCAAGGUGAUCUCCAAGAUUGAGAACGUGGAAGGCUUGAAGAACUUCGAAGAGAUCCUGGAAGAGUCGGAUGGCAUCAUGGUGGCCCGUGGUGACCUUGGCAUGGAAAUCCCCAUGGAGAAGGUUUGGAUGGCGCAGAAGAUGAUGAUCAAGAAGACCAAGGCCGCUGGCAAGUACGCCGUUUGCGCCACGGAGAUGCUGGCAUCCAUGGAGGACAAGCCGUUCCCGACCCGCGCAGAGGCCUGCGACGUGGCCAACGCCAUCCUGGACGGGGCUGAUGCUGUCAUGCUCAGCAGCGAGAGCGCCAUGGGAAAGUUCCCCGUCGAGACGGUGAACACCAUGAGGAGGAUCGUUGAGGAGGCCGAGCAUGCUCUGAUCUCCGAGAUGUUGGCCGCGUGA